AUGACGGAGGGAAUUAUCAAUAAGGGCCUCAAAUUACUGGAGCAAUAUCACCGCCUGGUGGCUCAGCUGGAGGAAGGAGCUGGCGUGGACGCAGUAUACAUGGACUUUGCUAAAGCUUUUAACAAAGUUGACCAAGGGGUGUUCUUCAGAAAGCUGAGGCUGUUUGGAGAUGAAGCUGGUCCGUACAUUCAGGUGGAGAGCGUGCAAGCUCUUCUGCGCGUGGCUGAUAUGGUGCUCCGUCUUGUACGCCGCCUUCAGGUACAAGCCGCACUUGUGGUUAGCUAUACACCCUUUCUGAUUCGGUAUUCUCGCACGACGAAUUUCGGGCCCUCCUACACAGAGAGUGGUCGGCUUCUGCUGCAGAAAGUCAACACGACAGACGGCUCAUCGUCAAAAAUCUACAACUUAAUUUUGGCAAAGCCCUUGGUUGACAACUCGCCUUCUCUACCCGACUCAGAAUAUGCCAAGAUACUGCAGAGCGAAAUUCCUAAUUUGCCUAUCAGGUACUGGCAGUCACUGAACAACAAAUUUCCUGCCAAGAAUGCCACAUGUGCCAUUUUCCCAUCGCUCAUUGAUUUGCAAUUUAAUAAUGUGUACUGGCAAACUUUGAAGACAUCAAAUGGAACUUUCCACCUCUACGGUGCUUACUACGAUAACAGAACUCUUUUGGCUAUGGAACCUGUUGUUAGGAUGCUUGGUAUGAUUAAUAGAAUUGAGCCAACAGUGCAAACAAUUUGCCAGUUGUGGUUUGAUGGAUUGGAGGCUCCUGUUUUUGCAGAGGUUUCUAAGUAUCAGCUCGUUUGGGUAAAAGAGUGGGGGAAUCACAAAAAUGGACUUUUCCAGCCUUACUUGUGGUCUUGCAAAAUUCCAGUUGACUAUCGCCAUCUUGUACCAGAAUCAGUGUCACUCGUUGAAAAACCUUGCGACAUGGCCGUCACUAACUUGAUGGUAAUUAACAACUUGCCUGAAGGCGGAAAAAAAGGUGAAUUUGCGGUGUGCGUGAAGGGCCUUGAUUUCCCGAAAGAAGAUUUAAGUGUGAGACUCGUGGAGUGGUUCGAGACGCUGCGCCACCUCGGUGCCGAGAAAAUAUUUCUCUAUGAACUGGAAGUUCAUCCGAACAUCACAAAAGUUUUGAAUUACUACAAGAAAUUGGGUUUGGUGGAGGUGACAUCGAUCACUCUACCGGGCUAUCAACCUAACAUCAAGGGAAUUAGGCACAUGUACUUGAUGAAACGAAUCACUAAUAAAUAUCAAAACGAGUUAAUUCCAUACAAUGACUGUCUGUAUAAAAACAUGAACAAGUUCAAGUUCAUAGCUCUGCUUGACAUUGACGAAAUUAUCAUGCCAAAGGGAAGCAAUAUGCUAUGGAAAGAUCUAAUGGAAAAAAUAAAAGAAACGGCACAAGGACAAAACAUCGAAUAUUCAUCAUACGACUUCCGCAAUGUCUACUUUUUUGACACGCUGAAAUCGAGAAACGCAGAUCACGCACGCCCCAACGACAUACCUCACUACAUGCACAUGUUUCAACACGUUUACCGAGCGAUGAACCACACGCCACCUGGCCAUUAUAUCAAGUGUUUUCAUAAUACAGAACGGGUGAUGACUUUACAUAACCAUUAUCCACUUGCUUGUAUAGGUGGCGGUUGCUUAUCUUACUCUGUUGACACCGACGACGCGCAACUUCAACACUACCGAGCGGACUGCGUAGCAGAACUCAUGAGUAAGUGCGACGGUUUCAAGAAUUUCAACGUGCGCGACGAUGCGAUCUUGAGGCACAAAGUCCCUAUCAUAUCCAGAGUUAUCGACAGCCUCAGUACUUUGGGGUUCUUCUAGUCAGAGGUUCAUUCUAUUUUAAGAACGGUU